CCCACUUGGCCAAGGACCCAUGCAGGCGCAGGCGGCUGUUGAUUUGGCUUUCUUUUCUUUUCUGUACAUCCUGUCAGCUGCUCGUGUACGUCCUUUAUUAUUGUCAUUGACUUUUGCCGAAAGGAGGAACCCUAUCAUCCAUGGUUUGAUAUCACCCACAUUUGCGCAGAUAUUCGCGGCAGUAGUCCUGAAACUAACAAUGGAGGGGGGUGCGCCGCUUGAUCCAAGACAACAUUCACACCAUCCAUCUUACCACUCCAGGGUCCCCUAGCAUUGGGUGAAGGACGCUAAGUCCCUCCUUUGGUGGUCUCCAGGCCAGGAGAGCAGAAUGAAGUAAUAAAAAAAAUUACACUACCACUGCCGAGUAGUGCCAAACUACUACUUACUAUUACUCACUGAUGAAGAAUUGCCAUACCAUGGCUCGAUGCAAACAAGGGGAAGAAUGAAAAAGGAGAAAAGUCCCUUGUAACACCGGCCGGUCGCACUUCCGAUCACACUCUUUAGUGUAUUAUUCUUGCAAGUUGCGUCAAUCAAUAUUAUGUUCCGCAAAUGGUACGAAGUAUGCAGAGACCA